CGGACAACCAAUCAAACGCCUGUAUGCUUCAGAGGGAAGAAGCCAUUUUGCUUGCGUCGAGACACGAAAAUAAAACAUGAGUGGCCGCUCAAAGGAAUGGACACUGUCCUGUAAGGUUUAUGUUGGUGAAUUGGGAAACAAUGCCAACAAACAGGAGUUAGAAGAUGCAUUUGGACAGUAUGGGCGACUCAAGAAUGUGUGGAUUGCCAGGAAUCCGCCAGGGUUUGCAUUUGUAGAAUUUGAAGAUGCCAGGGAUGCAGAGGAUGCAUGCAAAGAAUUGCAUGGAAAGAGACUAUGUAGAUCUAAGGUGAGAGUAGAGAUGUCACAUGGAAAGUCCCGUUGGGGUAAGGGUGGUCCACCAGUACGUCAAUACGGAGGUGGUGGUGGUGGUGGUGGUGGUAGCAGAGGAGGACGAGACAGCAGAGAUAGCUAUUGGCGGCCAGGAACAAGUCGGGGACGUUCCAGGUCGAGGUCCCGAUCUCCACCACCGCGCAGGAAGUACUCCAGAAGCAGAAGCCGCAGCAGAAGACAUUCUAGAAGCAGUAGCAGCAGGUCAAAUUCUCCAUACAGACGCUAAUUGGUGCAACAGGACAAAAAGUGAGGCAUUUAGUCUCUCUGGAGUGCAGGCUACAAGGUGUUAAUGGUUGUCAAGUGGACAAACCAUUUAAAACCUGCAGUUUCUUAAGUCAUGGAGCUGCUCAUUAUCACAGACAAGAGCGUAUUGAAAUGUACAAACAUUUGGAAUAAUAAUCGGCAUUUGAGCAUUGGUUUGAGGACUUGUGAAGCUAUCAGUAUAUACUAGUAAUUCAUAUUUCCCACCUGUGAUGUAGGCCAGGUUGCCUUACACCACACAUUACUAGACUGCUAAAAAUUCCUGGCAUGUGUACCACCUGGAGUUUUAGACUGUCAUGUUUUAAAUAUUACUUUGUAAUAUACUGUAUUUGACCCAAUAAGCGCAACUGCCUCUAUCAGAACACCUCUUACUUUUUUUCAUGAGAAGACUUAGAGGAUGGGUCUGCUAAUUGAAACAUUUAAGAAGUUCCUUACUUUACUGAUCAUAUCUGCCAAUAUAAUUUUGUAUUUUAACUAAGAUCUAGAUUGUUUUUACUUCAUAAAAGUAUGAAAAUGAAAUAUUAUUCAUUUUUCCACCCAGAUUUCACAUGGAAAUUUUCUUUGUACAUGCUUUUAUUAAGUGCAUCUUUUUGUGUGUUUUGUUAGUGCUUAUUUGGUCAAAUGCGGUAAUAUUUGUUGAUAGCAUGUGUUUUAAAGUAACCUAGUAAUUAAAUUAAUUGGCCAGUGCCAUAUAAAAAAAAAAUCAAAAGCAUGUCAGAAUUUAUACAUGAUAACAUCUUCAACUUGCAAUUGUUUUCAUGCUUUUGCAACGAUUGACAGGUUUAUAAAAUUUUUGUUGUAUUUCUUUGUUGCUAAUCUUGAUUGAGAUCCAAUAAUAUAUGUAUAGUGCAAACAUCAGUGUAUAUUAGUUUGUUGUUAGGUUUGAAUUAACAGAUAUUGUAUGUGAAAACUGUCAAUGAUUUUUCUCCGGAUGAUAAACAUCAUAUAAUACACUGUUUAUACAUUAUAAAUCAAGCGUCUGUAUUUUCGUGGAUCAUGGAUUGUCAUGCUGUUCUUGGGACCUGUGUUAAUAAUGUAGUGAUAUGUUUGUGGUAGUAGAUCGUAAUGAGUGUAAGCUUGUGUGAAUGGAGGAAAUAAUUUCCGUAAAUUGCAGGUACCAUAUAUAUAUUUAUAUCAUAAUUUUGUUUUUAACCUUCUAAUCAUAUUGUCGUCAUUCUUGUAUGUCUUGUCAGAAAAUUUUAAUGAAGAAAUAAAACACAAAUAAGUGUUUCCAGAAGCUUUCUUAAUUAUUUUACAUCAACAGUUAAAAUUACAGAACAAGGAAAUAUUUUAACCACAGAAUUGUAUCCAGGUUAUAUAAACAGAUAUCUUAAUAUUUUCAAUAACUGUACUUGAGUUUAAGAAAUAAAAAGACUUGCUUCUUUGGGUUUGAAGGGAGAACCUUAUUCAUUUGUGAAAUUUCCUGUUUUAUUUUUCUCUAGUCUUCACUCAUGAUCUUAUCAUUUAUGUUGAAAUUGGACUUUGUAAAUUUAUUUGAAUCAUGAAUAGUCUAUUGGUUAUGUUAGAAAGAACAUCUCAAUUUUGUAUUUAGAUGGAUUUUGUGAUAUUGAUGUGUGAUGUUGCUGUCAUAUUCUGUAGGUAUUGUGCAAUAUGAUAAUGGACACUUGGUAAGUCUGUAACUAUGCCAGGGAUAUGGUUUUAUCGGCCUAUUAUAUGCUUAAGUCAGGUCAAUGACACCAACGUACACAAGUGUGAAAUUAUAAUUAAGAAAAUAUAAUUUUGAAAUACAAAUGCUCUUUGGUGUAAAUGCAGUCUUAGUUAAAAUUUAAAUCAGAAUUUCAUAUUUCUUUCAAAUAUCAUAUAAAAUACAAUUCCAUAAUUGUUUCUAAUUGGUAAUAUUUUAAUUAUAUUUCUUUCAUUACAAGUAGGAUGAUUCUCAUUGUACAUGUUUUGGUACAUGCUUUUAGUUCUGGGGAAUUGUAACCUUCAGCCUUCAAGAGCUAGGUUGCUGCUAGUAAUAACAUGGUAGGACUAGCAAGUAAUUUAUAUCCAAAUUAUCCCUUGUUACCAAGACAAAAUAGGUGUCUUUCUCUGAUAUGACAUGUAUUUAUCAAACAUCCUCCAAGUUUUGUGUUGCAUAAUAGCUAUUUGAUGGUUCAGAGCCCAGUUUCAUGAAUAUUUUAUUCAAGAAGUCCCUUAACUUAUUUUCUAGGUGAAUCCUUUUUUGGAGCCGAGACAAAUUUCUUAGCUUAGAGACAUGUCAUUAUCCUCGGAAAAUACCAAGUUAAGGAAUUCAUGUUGGUGAAACUCUGGUUAAAGCCAUGGAAAUUAUAGGGCACUGAUAGGUUAGGAUGUCUUUGUAAUUAUGUUGUUUCCCAUUUUAACUGGUUAGAUAUAUAAAAGUUAUGUGACCGUUUUACGAAUUCUAUGUUGCAUUCAUGGAAUGACCUGUAUAUAUUGCCAUCAAUCUGAUUCAAAUAUAUCUCAUCAAAUACACUAACGCUUAAUGAAGAGAUGUAUUUUGAUCAGAUUGAUAUUUCCAUAGUCAGCUUUUAUUUCAUCAAAAAUCUUUAAUUUGAAUGUAAGAUCUUUAUUCAGGAUAAACUAUUAAAAUGUUUGAAUAAAAGUGGUGUACUAAUAUCAA